AUUUUCAUUCCAUUAUUUUCCUUUCCCUUUGUUCAUUCCAUUCCAUUUACCCUCUUUGAACCAAACAAUCCCUUAGUUAUUAAAGGUUUUCAUUGACAUACAUAGUAUAUAUCUUGUCACUAUAAAACACUAAAAAAAAAAAAGUAUCUUUAUUUCCAAGGAAAAAUAAAAUAAAAAAGAUUCUACCAAUAACCAAGGAAGUUGCUUAACGCUUCUUUCUUUAUUUAGACAUUGACUUCACCCCAACUUUUUACCUUUCUAUAAAUAACUCCAUCAUCCAACCAUAGUAAAAACCCCACCACCACCGCACCAACCACCCCAACACCACCAAAAAUGGCAACUUUUCGACCACAUUUCAUCCUUCUCCUCCUCCUCCUCUGUAUCAUCACUUUCACUCAAUCAACUCCCCUGUUCCUGGGAAAAUAUGCUAAAAAACCCAACAAAUUAUCAUCAUACAAAUAUAAAACCCAGUAUUUUACUCAACAACUUGAUCAUUUUAGUUUCCAAGAUUCUGGGAAUUUUUCACAGCGUUAUCUAAUUAAUGCUGAUAACUGGGUUGGAGCUCAGCGUAAAGGUCCCAUCUUUAUGUAUUGUGGUAAUGAAGGUGAUAUUGAAUGGUUUGCUUCUAAUUCCGGGUUUAUUUGGGAAAUUGCGCCUCGUUUUGGUGCCAUGCUUCUAUUCCCUGAACAUCGUUAUUAUGGAGAAUCAAUGCCUUAUGGAAGCAAAGAGGAAGCAUAUAAAAAUAGUACAACCUUAUCAUAUCUCACAGCAGAACAAGCAAUUGCUGAUUAUGCUGUGUUGCUCCGGGAAUUAAAGCAAAAUCUAUCCGCUGAGGGUUGUCCUGUUGUAUUGUUUGGUGGAUCUUAUGGAGGAAUGUUAGCUGCAUGGAUGAGGCUCAAGUAUCCGCAUCUCACAGUUGGUGCUCUUGCUUCUUCAGCACCAAUACUUCAAUUUGAAGAUAUUGUGCCACCGGAGACAUUUUAUAACAUAGUCUCCAACGAUUUUAGACGUGAAAGUAUCAACUGUUUCAAUACAAUAAAGGAGUCAUGGGGUGAGUUGCAAUCUAUGGGUGAGAAUACAGAUGGCCUAAACCAGCUUACCAAAACAUUCCAUCUUUGUGGGGAAUUAAAGAAUACUCAAGAUCUUUCUGACUGGUUAUCAUCAGCUUAUAGUUAUUUAGCCAUGGUAGAUUACCCUUAUCCUUCAGACUUCUUGAUGCCUUUGCCAGGACAUCCAAUAAGAGAGGUUUGCAAAAGGAUAGAUAGUGCUGCUGAUGGUACCAGUGUUCUAGAUCGCAUAUUUUAUGGAGUAAGUAUUUAUUAUAACUUCACUGGGGCUGUCAACUGCUUCAAACUGGAUGAUGAUCCUCAUGGAAUGAGUGGUUGGCAAUGGCAGGCUUGUACUGAGAUGGUAAUGCCAAUGUCUAGCGAUCCUGAAAAAAGCAUGUUUCCUAUAUUUAACUUCAAUAAAACUUAUGAGGAAGAACGCUGCAUAAGAUCGUAUGGAGUCAAGCCACGAUUCAGAUGGAUUACUACAGAAUUUGGUGGACAUGAUUUUAAGACUACCUGGAAAAACAGUGGGAGUAACAUAAUUUUUUCAAAUGGACUAUUGGAUCCGUGGAGUGGUGGCAGCGUUCUGCAAAAUGUCUCAGAAUCACUGGUUGCCCUUGUUACAGAAGAAGGUGCCCAUCACCUAGAUUUGCGAGCUUCAACUCCAAAUGAUCCCGAUUGGUUGGUCCAACAAAGGGUAUCUGAGAUUCGAUUGAUUAAAGGUUGGAUCGAUGACUACAACCAAGGGAAGGGCUCUGCUUUCAGUAUGUAAAUAUUGUAGGCUUCACAUAAUAUCCUGAAUUAGGACUCACGCCACUCUUACACGUACCAGUCCUUUCUCUUGGCUUCUGUCACACUAGUAAAACAUUACAAAGUAAUAGCGAUGUAUGCUUUGUAAUAAGCACUGAAUUAUUUUAACUACAGAUUUGCCUCUAGAAGCCAAAUAUACCACGUCUUAGACAUUGUAAUGAUUAUUGAUCAAUGUAUAAACCUCACGGUUUUUUUAGUCCAAUAUUUGCAAGCCAGACACUUGGAAGAAGAGGGGAGGGUAAGACAAUCACUACCCCAAAAUACCCUUACUUGGUAGGUUUUUACCUCAGAAUGGUUUGACCUUAUCAAGAAUGGUUUGUGAUUAGUAAUAAUGUAAUAUAUGUACAAGCAUGUAGAAAAAUUUACCUGUCGUUUUGACAGUUUUUAGUACCUGAAUACGAGUUUAUGCAAAUGAGCAAAAUUUCUAUUGAAA